AGGGGUAGUGGCACGCGCUCUUUCAUUGACAGCAAUUAAUCGGGCGAAUCGGCCAAUCGCAGCGAGUGACAUAUCGCCACUCACUCCCCUUGCGCGACCGCCUCGCCAGUGUAGGGAAAGAGAUCGUCUGCUACGGUUGCACUAACGCAAACAGUCCCGCAACAAAGAAGCCAGUGGUUGCUCAUACCAGUGUGGAUGUAUUAUCGACUGGUUGUAUGUGACAGUGAAUCGAGAUCUGUGUGUUUCCUUAGCUAGACUCAGUGGAUCUACUGCAGCGGUCUCAAUUUGCUCUUACAAUGCGCUUCUUAAUCAUCGGACAGUGAAUUGUCCAGGAGGGCGGCCGGGCGCUAGCUGGAACAGCCAGUAUUGGUAUUGUUAAGCAAAUAUACGCGUGCCUUCUGACGGUGGAGACAGCUGUUCCAAGUGAAGUUCACAAUCGUACAAACCAACACUUUGUUAGGAUCACAACGUCUUUGUCGGAUAACAUAUAUUCCUGUGUACGCAUACAGUAUUCAUUGGAAGUAAUUUCAACUUCAUCAAAGAUCUACCGGUCUUGUACGUGGGACAGCUACCUGUUAUUGUGUUCCCCCACUGAUUAAUGAGGUAGGGGGGUCGGGCGUGUACCAGCCACCCCGACAGAAAGCUACUUCAGACAUGACUGUGGUAUUAUCGAUGAACCCCCUGUGCACCCCCCACCACAGACUAUGUGGGGCUGACGAAGUCCUCAAUUCACCGGAUCUUACCUUUAACUUUGUAACCUCACCCCCUCGGGCCGAAACCCCGGUCCCCACGCCCGUGGAGGACACAACGACCCAACCCGAAGACGUAAAAAAUGUGUCAAGUAUAUCAGACAAACCAGUCGGCGGGGAAAGUGUGGCUAUUGACUUGGACUCCUCCGAAUGUCGAGGACUGAAAAGGAAAUGCCCUUUAGACUCAUGUGAGAAUAUCAGCGAGAUUGUGCCGUCCAAAAGGAUAUCUCCAUUCCUUAAUACCCCUAAACAAAGGAAGGAUGAGAGAAGAAAAGUGUUGCGAAUCUCAAUUCAGAAACUUCGUCAAAUGGAGGACCCUGAGCAUUUUUUGAGACGAUCUGUGUUGAUAAAUAAUACGGUGAGAAGAAUGCAAUCGGAAAUUCGAGAGGAAAAGAGGACGACUUCUGUGUCAAAAGGGUACCCGUUUUAUAAGAGAAAGAACGGAUACGAUUAUGAGGUUGUAAACAAUAGUUACUUGUCGUCUGCGGCGUUCUGUGAGGAACACAUCCAAGUGGCAGACGGCAAUAUGGGGGAUGAGGUCACGGACGCCUUGGUGCAAAGUUUAGAGACUGGGAACUUCUCAUCAUCUGAAACACCCCUCGAAAACUUCACAACCGAUUCACAAAGGGAGAAACAAAUCUAUUCUGAUAUGGACACAGUGUUUAAUAAUUUGAUACGUGCGUUAGGCGAAACUUAGUCCGAUGUGUGUACGGCCUAAGAGACUGUGAACAAAUUAUCGGUAUUGGAUGCAGCUGGCUCGCAAGACGAUGAGGAAUUCCUCAAGUGAGAGCGAAUGUGAUUCCGUGAUGGCGCGAGUAUGGUCGUCUGCUCCCAGGCCCGUCAGGCGAAACUCUCGUCUGCUGUUCCACACAUGCCAACAAUCUCACACAUGCGCACUGAAAGCAUUCUCAGCUUUGUUUUAAUGAUUGUGGUGCAUGGAUUAAAUUUUGCACCGGGCCUUCGAGUUGUGCCCAACAAGUGGAACAUGGUAUAAAUAGUGUAUAUAAUAUAUCGGAUUUGUAUAUUUGUUUAUAAUGACACCUGUUUUGUGAACCAGUCCGGCUCAUCAAGGACUAUACAUACCUGUACUUUUGAAGUAUUACCGGAUACCACAAAGGCGACCACAACCCAGGGGCAUGUGUUGCAGCAAGAAUGCCGCAUUGUGAUUACUUGAUACGAGUCGUUUUAACUUGAUCUGUACAGCGGAACUUCCUUAAUGAGGACGACCCAGUUUACAUGAAGCUAUUUAUUCUGGUCUCCGGUCAUAAAACAUGUGUUGUGAUUAAGCAUUACUCUAUCUUAACCGUCCGAAAUAUGAGGUGUCCACAUUAAGGAGGUUCCACUGUACGUUGAAAUAUUUCAGAUCAAUAUACUUUCGAAUCCAUUGUCACAUGCCAAAUCGUUUUGCGAAACAAUGUAUCCCGAACCUGUUCCGUUUUGAAGAAUUCAUUGUCUGCCAUUCCAUACAAAUUUAUAACUCCCCCCGCCCCUCGCAACGUAUGAAAUUGUUUCUGUCACAGGAAGUCUUUAUCCCCCGAAUACAGUAUAUGGUCCCUCCCUGCCUUUUGACGUCAUGGUUGCGUCUUGUAGAUACGUAUACAAAUAUAUUCAAUAUCGAACAAAAGUUAAAAAUAUCCUUUACACCAUAUUCGUGUAGGAUUGUUAUGUCUCCAGAGUUGAAUUUAUAAAGAUCUAUCGAAUAUGUCUCAUAACGCCUUUUCACGGAAGUCUGAUAAUUCUAACUGUAUAUGAAAUGCAAUUGGACCCCGGUCACGUGAUGACGGACCAGCUGACCACACGUGGGUAACAUUUCUGAAAGUUACAGUGAUUGUCUCAGCGUAGCGCCAAAGACAUUCCUAGUUGUGGAAUCUUGUCCCGUAUUUGCACAAGCAGGUUAGGAGAUUUGGAUAGACGAGCCGUCCGCGGAUAGUAAACCUUCCAGACAGGUGCUUCAUAGAUACAGCAAGGUACAAUUCUUGUGCUCACAGUAUUUUAUAUCUGUUAAAACGAUGCUUAUUCUACUUCAUAACUUAUUUAUUAAAAAUUAGUGUAAGCUGUUGUUAAGACGAAAGAGGAUCUUUUGGGGAAUAUAUCAAAUUAUCAAAACAUAUAUCAAGACAGAAAUUAAACUCAUAAUUCGAUUACAAAUCUGUUGGCAUAAUUGUUUAUCUGUUAUCCGAGUGACACUUAUUUCAAGUUUGCUCAGCUCAAAUGACAACAGUACCACUUAUUAUUAUACGUAGUUCUUUCGUUAUCGUUUAACUAGUUGAAAGAGUCAGGCGAACGCCAGCCACAAAUCGAUUUUGUUGUCAUCUAUUUCUGUGUACCGCUGUUAGUGCAUAGAUAUCUAGUCCAAAAAGCUGACAUGAAUUUUUCAAGAUUAAUGCCCCCACUGGAACGCGGUAUUGAAGUCACUCAUUUGACUUACUCGGUACAUUAUGUUUAUGUUUACUUGUUAAAAGCGAAAUGGCGGCUUACUGUUAUGUUAUAUCAUAUAAAAUGGCAAGCGUUGUCGUUAUCACAGUCGUUAUAUGAUUCAUCAACUAUUACCAAGUUGAAAACAACGCUCAUUAUAUUCGAAAAUGAGUUUUCUUAUCCUGAAAUCUGUCUGGAGCACUGCUUAUAGAACAAACUUUUCCUUUUAUCUGCCACGUUUAUUGUUUAAUGUAAAAUGAAAGAAAGGUGAAGAUUAAAGAUCCUUUAUAACAGCUUGACAUUUCAACUGAAUUAAUCGUGUUAUAACGAGGCAGCAUUUAUAUGCGGCUUCGCUGUUGAUUUGGUACUUGGCAAACUGCAGAAAUAACUUAUUGUUCACCACACAAAGCGACAUUUCAAAUGCGCGUCCCCCGAUGCGUGAUCUGAAUCGUAAUGUUUAGUUGCUACAGUUUCCCGUUAGAUGUUCCCUCGCGCUUGCAUAUUCCAUAUAAGGAACAACCAGCUGCAGUGUCAUUCUGUAACGAGUUACGCGCAACGCACCACGUGGUCUGGUGUUUGUGACGUCACACGUCAGCGACGCCAGUCUGUGGUUGACGUGACGCGGAGUGAGGGAGGUACCGUUAUCCUUUGGAGAGCACCACCUCAACAAGAGCUACACAAAUCGGGGCCUCCUUGUAAAUGCAUAUCGCCGACAGGUGUUACCAUGUUUGGCUUCGCGACAGAUGGACUCGUUGCUGCCUCAAUAGAAACGCGUCAGAAUAACCCAUGUUUAACAAUUCCAGUGCGCGCUAUCGAUACGCCGCGCCGACAUCACCCAUCUAAAAGAUUCAUGAAAUAAUCUUGAGAUCUGCAAGUGAUACUCCCGUUACCAAUAUCAAUUUGCCAAAUCAUAGCGUCUGUCCCAACUGGCAGUUUUCAAGUCGAAAAUUCACACUCUCCAGUAUUGAUAGAAUUUGUGCUAUUAUCUUCAAUUGUAAAUUAGACCGCGGAUUUAUUAAUUCAGCUCGGCUUUAUAUCCAUCGGAAAUCCUGUUGGGCCAUCAAUGAGGAAUAGCCCUCUGCAACUGGAGAGCGCUAUAGGCCUCAAUGCUAGAUCAAUACAUUUCAUAUUAAAAGCUUUCAGCUGUGAGAUGGUUGUUCAAACACACUAGCUUAAGCACGGCGGAGACACUGAUGGUCCAACCUGAUGGGGUUCCUCAAACUGGAUCCAAGGCCGACAUUUUGUCUGUGACUCGUGAAUUAUUUGUGGAUACCAUUACGGCGGUACACUUCUAAGGGAGUUGGUAUUUUGUUUUGUUAGUAACAUGUUGAUCUCAUGACCUUAAUCUGAAUCUGAUGGAUAAGAUCUUAUGUUAUAUUUGAUUAUGAAAUCAGGUUUAAUUAUGAAUUGAUUUGCAUAUUUAAAAUUAUUAUAUUUGAAGUAUUGGGUAUUGUUAUGGUUGACCUUGACAUACUGAUCUGAGGCCAUAUGUCUUUAUCUUUUAAAUUUAGGUUGUACUGUCCCCUCUCCCUCCCCCUCCCCCACCCCCACCCGCCGAAUUACUCGCCCACCUUUCAUUCCACGCUUCACCCCCAUUUCCAUCACCGGACAUUAUAGGACAACAGAGACCAAUAAAAGCAUUAAACAGAUGGCAAAUGUCCAGCCAUCACUUGACCAGUGGUCAACUGUCAUAGAUUGUCUCAGCAUAGAUGUCAUAUAGCAGUGAAUCUAAGAGGUACCACGUAUGCGUUAACUUCUGACAUGUUACCUGCUCAAUUAGUCAUACAAAAAUCCUUAAAACUCAAAUAAUGCCAUUUUGAUUAAUUGAAAGUUUGCAUAAUCACACACCCAAACGAAGAUUACUUCCGUUUAUAUUGUUUGAAAUAACAUAAUCCAAAGUUCAAAGAAAUUGUUGACGUUAUAAUUGCUAUCUGAUUAUUGUAAAUGGAUCGUGUGACCUUAGCAUUAAGUUGUCUACGAUGCAUUUUUAGCCAUAUGUAGAUCUAAUCAUAGUCAAAUGAUGUGUUAUCAACCAUUUUCAUUCAUUAUCGCAGUUGGAUGCUGAAACAGAAACUACGAAUUGCAUUUUUAUCCAUGUCCCCAAGUCACAGUUAUAUAUGAUUGUAUAUACAUUUAUAAAAAAUGUGGCAUAGAUGAUGUAAGGUCCAAAAUGACAUUUUGACAUUUUGUACAAUUUAUUUUAUUUAUUUUAUUUAAGAAAUAUGAUGCAGAAGAGACGUAUUACUGAAAUAAACUGUGAAA